AUGGGCAGAAUGAACAAACCAAAUAAUAUGCAAGACCAUUUUCAGAGUUUCAAUUCUGCUUUACAAACUGAAGUUCAACGCAUAGAAGCUAUGCGAAAGGAAGUAGAAUCUCGGGAAAAGGCGUUGAAUGAUGAAAAAGAGAGAAUGAUGAAAAUCGAAGUCGAAGAUGACGAUGUUAUCAGCCUUAAUAUUGGAGGUAAAAUCAUGGCGGCCUCAAGGUCAACAUUGUGCCAAGUCGAGGGAUCACUUCUAGCUUCUAUGUUCAGCGGAAGAUGGGAAGAAAGAUUGAAGAAAGACAAACAUGAGAACGUGUUCUUGGAUUUCAACCCAGAUUGCUUUAAAUUGAUUUUGAAUUAUCUUCGUGCGAAAAAAAUUGAAACGCCUCGAAGUAAAGCGAAAGAGCCAAAACCACCAAGGGACGAGACAAGCAACUAUUGGAAUCUGGUGGAUUACUUGGGCUUACAUGAAGAGUUGAAGUCUACUACUUCUAAAACACUUCUUCAAUUAGCAGACACAAAAGAAGGAACGUACUGCAUGAACAAGGAUGACGGCGAUGUAAAAGAAGAA